AAGAGGAGGCGGAUAAUGAUGAUGAUGAAGAGGAGGAGGAGGAGGAGGAGGACGGUGCUCCUGUCAAACACAGAUGAAAACCCAGCAGCAGGUUCCAGGACGUCGGUAGAAAUCAGCGUGUGAGCGCAGCGACCAGUCCGGGGACAGGGACUCGUUCUCGGGCUGAACUCGCCCACCGGCCCCGGGGAUGUCGCACCGACUCACGGAGGAGCCGCAAACUUCCAGCCGAUCCAUCACAACCAGGAAUGAACAAUAAGAGGUGAAGGAAGGGAGAGAAGAGUGCAGCCCACCCAGCUCCUCCUCCUCCUCCUCCUCCUCCUCCUCCAUCCCGCCGCCAUCAUGCCCAUCAUCAGCAACGCCAACCAUGACUUCAGCACCUACUCCGUCAGCAGCGACGACAGCAGCCUCGACCGCUUCUUCACCGAGAUCCCGGAGACGGAGACGGUGAAGGGCGUGUACUUCCAGUGCGCCCGGCUGAUCCGCGGCCCGGCGGCCUCGUACGUGGUCGACCACGCCCUGCAGGCGCUGGUGAACGUGGGGGGAAACCGCUACGCCUUCCCCUGGAGCACGCUGGAGCAGUUCCCCCACAGCCGACUGGGACGCCUUCGCUUCUGCACCUCGCCCGAGGAGAUCGCACGGCUCUGCGACGACUACGACGAGACGUGCCAGGAGUUCUUCUUCGACCGGAACCCCACGGCCUUCAGGGUCAUCCUCAACUUCCUGGCCGCGGGGAAGCUUCGUCUUCUCCGGGAACUGUGCGCCGUUUCCCUCCACGACGAGCUCGACUACUGGGGCGUGGACCCAGGUCACAUGGAGCGUUGCUGCCGCCGCCGCAUGCUAGCCCGUGUGGAGGAGGUGGCCGAGCGGGAGCGCAAGGAGGAAGAGUGGCGGCAGAAGAAGAUGAUGCUGAAGAAGAGCAGCACUCAGACUGAGAAGGGAUACCGCAGGGUGGUGUCGGUGCUACGCGAGGUGAUGGAAAACCCUCACUCGGGGCUGGCGGGGAAAACGUUCGCCUGCCUCUCGAUCGUCAUGGUGCUGGUCACCGUCAUCAGUCUGUGCAUCAGCACCAUGCCCGACCUCAGAGACGAAGAGAACAAGGGUGAGUGUUCCCAGAAGUGUCGCAACAUGUUCGUGGUGGAGUCCAUCUGCGUCGCCUGGUUCACGCUGGAGUUUGUGCUGCGGUUUGUCAACGCUCAGAGCAAACUGGCGUUCGCUCGCGGCCCGCUUAACAUCAUCGACGCCAUCGCCAUCCUGCCGUACUACGUGUCCCUGGUGGUGGACGUCAAAGACGAGUCGCGGGACGAUGUGAUCAUGGGCGCCGGCCGAGGCUACCUGGACAAACUGAGCCUGAUCCUGCGGCUGCUGCGAGCCCUGCGGAUCCUGUACGUCAUGCGGCUGGCUCGCCACUCGCUGGGCCUGCAGACGCUGGGUUUGACCAUGCAGCGCAGCAUGCGGGAGUUCGGCCUGCUGCUGUUAUUCGUCUGCGUUGCUGUCGCCCUGUUUUCUCCCCUGGUUCAUCUGGCGGAGAGCGAGCUGGCGCCGUUCGCCGCCACGCAUCCUCAGCACAGCUUCAGCAGCAUCCCCGCCUCCUACUGGUGGGCCAUCAUCUCCAUGACGACGGUGGGCUACGGCGACAUGGUGCCGCGCAGCAUCCCCGGGCAGAUCGUGGCGCUGACCAGCAUCCUGAGCGGCAUCCUCAUCAUGGCGUUCCCCGCCACCUCCAUCUUCCACACCUUCUCCCGCUCCUACCAGGAGCUGAAGCAGGAGUACGAGCGGCUGUGGAAGGAGGAGAAGGACGAGGAGGUGGGUUCGUCUCCGGACCAGUUCACGUCCGUGUCCAAGGAAGAUAACGGUGAACCGAGGAACACUCAUCAACCCGCCCUCCCAUCCACGGCUUUCUAGACCUGAACCCCACGGUGGCACGAAUUUGCAAAGUAUAAAAAUCCCUUAGACCACAUUUUUAAAUCAAAUGGACAUAUCUGAAUUUUUAGCUGAUCUAGUCCCAGAACAAUCAGCCCAAAUUACACUUAUUUUUCUUAAGAAAUGUUUUUAAAGGUUCAUUUUCAGUAUGUUCUUCUUUGCACUAAAAUGAAGGAAAUUAUAUGUAGGUCAUCGUGCUGUAAUGUUCCUGGUCCGGCCCUUAGACUCAUAACAGACACUAUAUCACUCUUCAUGUCUCUUUAUGCUUUAAUAUGAUAACGUAAACGUGCUACAUGCUAACCCUUUAGCGGAAGCUGAACUGAAUUCUUCUCACCUUUUGUGUAAGAAAAUAUAAAUUAUAACCUUCCA